GGCGUGCUGCUCCGCCGCCAAAGCUUGCGCGGGGGAAGCGGGGCUGUCGCUCUGUGGAGUGAGGGCGGACGAAAUCGGCAGCGCUGUCGCCUGUGCCGCCGUCGCUGCCUGGCACCCGGGGAGUGCUCUGCCUCUUUCUCUUUGGGAUAUUCUUUUAAAGAAUUAUUGAAGACGAAGUUUUUUUAUUUUUGUUUGUUUUUAAUGGCUUUUCAGAAUCUUAAAUAGAAUACAGUUUGACAUGAUGACAAAAAAUGUUGGUUUGACUUCCACAAAUACAGAAUUAAGAGGAUUUAUAGAUCAGAAUCUCAGUCCAACAAAAGGUAAUAUUUCACUUGUUGCAUUUCCAGUUUCCAGCACCAACUCACCAACAAAGAUUUUACCGAAAACCUUAGGACCAAUAAAUGUGAAUGUUGGACCCCAAAUGAUUAUAAGCACACCACAGAGACUCACCAGUUCAGGAAGUGUUCUGAUCGGGAGCCCAUACACUCCUGCACCAGCGAUGGUCACUCAGACACAUAUCACAGAAGCGGCUGGCUGGGUUCCCAGUGAUAGAAAACGGGCUAGAGAAUUUAUAGAAUCUGAUUUUUCAGAAAGGUUCUCGCUAAGUUGCUCAGCCUGGCCUCGAAUUUGUGAUCCUCCUGCCUCAGCUUCCCAAGUAUCUGGGAUUACAGUCAUGCGCCACCAUGCCCGUAAACGAAGCAAAAAAGGAGAUAAAAAUGGAAAAGGCCUGAGACAUUUUUCAAUGAAAGUGUGUGAAAAAGUUCAGCGGAAAGGUACAACAUCGUAUAAUGAAGUAGCUGAUGAGCUGGUAUCAGAGUUCACCAACUCAAAUAAUCAUCUGGCGGCUGAUUCGCAGGCUUAUGAUCAGAAGAACAUUAGGCGAAGAGUUUAUGAUGCUUUAAAUGUGCUAAUGGCUAUGAACAUAAUUUCAAAGGAAAAAAAAGAAAUCAAAUGGAUUGGUCUGCCUACCAAUUCUGCUCAGGAAUGUCAAAACCUGGAGAUAGAGAAGCAGAGGCGGAUAGAACGGAUAAAGCAGAAGCGGGCCCAGCUACAGGAACUUCUCCUACAGCAAAUUGCUUUCAAAAACCUGGUACAGAGAAAUCGACAAAAUGAACAGCAAAACCAGGGCCCUCCAGCACUGAACUCCACCAUUCAGCUGCCGUUUAUAAUCAUCAAUACGAGCAGAAAGACAGUUAUAGACUGCAGCAUCUCCAGUGACAAGUUUGAAUAUCUCUUUAAUUUUGACAACACCUUUGAAAUCCACGAUGACAUAGAAGUGCUGAAGCGAAUGGGAAUGUCCUUUGGCCUGGAGUCAGGCAAAUGCUCUUUGGAGGACCUGAAACUCGCUAAAUCGCUGGUGCCAAAGGCUUUAGAAAGUUAUAUCACAGAUAUCUCCACAGGACCUUCUUGGUUAAAUCAGGGACUACUUUUGAACUCUGCCCAGUCAGCAUCAAAUUUAGACUUGACCUCUGGUGCCACCUUAUCCCAGUCGAGUGUAAACCAAGGGUUAUGCUUGGAUGCUGAAGUGGCCUUAGCAACUGGGCAGUUGCUUGCCCCAAACAGUCAGCAGUCCAGCAGUGCGGCCUCUCACUGCUCCGAGUCACGAGGCGAGACCCCCUGUUCAUUCAACGAUGAAGACGAGGAGGAUGACGAGGAGGAUUCCUCCUCUCCAGAAUAAAGACGGAAGAAAAGUCACAUUUUACUAUUUGAUGCUCAUGUGUGUUUUUAGUGUGAGCUCGUUUUUGAAAUGAUUGCUUCAGUCUUUGCCUUUGUUUGCACUGUGUGUUCAGUGAAAACCAGAGAAACACAAUAAGCAAAUCACAUGAAGGCCAAGUUGAUUGAAAUGAAAGUUAACAUAGCGUAAAUGAAAGCUCUCCCCAGCAGAGCAGUAGAUCACAUCGCAAACAAAGUCUGUUUUCUGAGGGAUAGAAGGGGCAUAAUCCCCAGAGAAGCGGCAGCAUGGAAGAGGCUCGCUCAGCUUCCACGAGGCAGGGUCUUUGCAUUCCUCAUGGCCGUGUAGUCAUGUGGGAGCUGAGACUGCUACACGGAACAGUCCUCAGCAAUGGCCAUGUCUCUUCCUCCUGUCCCUCGCCUGGGCUGCCUUUUACCAGCAGAGUGAACAGGUGUCCUUAUUUGGGGGCUGUGCGGUGAGGGGCAUAGAUCGCAGUCCUGCAGCCUGGGAGUGCAGAUUUAACUGCACGUCUAGUUGAGGUGCUCUAGGCAUCUGCUGCCUUAGCUUCAGAAAGGAGCGAGCGCUAACUCUUAAGUACUUAAGUGACAUUUAGAAUAAUUUAUAGUAAAACUGAUAUGAUCAUUAUUAGCCAAUGCAUUGGUGCAUAGAAUUUAAUAGGGCUACUUCUGGGAGCCAAAAUAGAAAGCAUUUCCAUGUGCAUUAACAUUUGCCAGCACUGCCUUCUGCCAGCGUUCUAAAUCUGGAGUUCUACAGAGAGAGAAGGGAACUGUAUCUAUAGUUUUAAUCAAAGCUAUGCAUUUCGUACAGCUUUUUCAUUCACAAUGAAACAAAGCAAAUUCUAUGACCAAACUGCUUGCCUACAGCUCUCUGCAGUAAUUGUGUGAUUUUACCCACUGUGCAAUUUGUGAAACUGAACCAAAUGUCAUUACUUUUGUCUUGAAAGAAAAGUCUUAUUUCAAGAAUAUGAACAGUAAUGUUUUCUUGUACAUGCUACCUUUCUCUCCCCGACAUUUUAAUUAAUCCAAAUGACCUUACUAGAUUCAUUCCUGGGUAAAUUACAUGUCAAACUAACCCAAUAUUUGGUGUUUCUGUGAAAAAACACUGAACACUCCAGUUGAUUGGAUACACAGAAGUUGGUAUGUAGUGUGCAAUUUUGUAGCCAAAAAUGCUGUUGGAAAUACUGCAUUGGGGUGUUCAUAUUCACCGCUUCUCUGAAGGGAGGAGUACGUGGAUAUCUGCCACCAGGCCCCAAACCCAACUUAGUUAUUCAUUAAGGCCUUAAAAAGGAGCGAAGACAGAAAAAAUAACUUUAAAACUUUGACUUGACCCGGGGGAGAGUUGUCCUGAGCUCGUGUGUUUAGCAUCUAUGGGCCCAGCCCCGAGUGGGGCCUACACUGGGUCUCCCCUCACUGCCAGGGAAGCCUUUCUAAAGUCCCGCUGUGCUCCAGUCAGCUGCAGGCAAAGGUUUCCACUGGCUCCCAUUUUUGUUAAGACCUUAUGCAAACGCUGACAAAGAACACACAGCUUCAGCUCAGGCUCCUGGACGACAGAGCUCUCAUUCUGGCAGAACCAAGCUGUUGCAUGUUCAUGGGGCAGGGAACGCAUGGCAGGUGCUCCAGAAAUCUUGUGGCAGAGGUCAGAGCACACCUAUGUCUCAGAACCUCAGAUGGAAGCAUCCAGAAUGCUGCAGAAGUGACAGCAGGUGCCACAAGCCUGUGACAGCUAUUUCUGCCUACACAGAUCAGAUGCAAUGGCCCAGGUCCUCUGCCACGUAGUCCUCAAAGAGGCUACUGCCAUGUGCCAGUCCCAAGUCUCUCAUCUCUCCCUGAAGGGAGCCUGGCAGGGAGCUGGAGCGGCCAAGGGCCAUGGCUGCCUUCCUGGUCCUCAAAAUGUUAAACCACAGCUCCCAAUAUACAUUUCAGAAUUUAAGAUUCCUUUUCUAAGUAGCAGAAUUCUUGGUCAAGUUUUUGGGAAGCUGUUUCCUUAUGUCUUCUUCUGUUGCUAUAGUGCUUUAAGUUGAUAAGACAUGGGCUUAAAAAAUAAAAAAGCACCAAAGAUGGGUCCAUCUGGGUUCCCAUCCACUGCCCUCCCAGCCAAUGCUGUGUGGCCUUGGCAAGAAGUCCCUGUUCCUCAGUGAUCACUGAAGGCCUUUUGCACAGUGACAGCAUGAUCACUGCCUCGUGUUGCUGUUCUCAAACCUUACGUGGGAAGGCUAGGUCAAAGUGCUGUGGAAGAUAAAUUCUGUUCAUCUGUUCUCCAGCACACCUACCCAUAUGGGUCCAAGUUCACGCUGAGUCAGGAUUUCAUACAGGAGUUAAAGAAACUGCAGUCAUAACACCUGGGCUGCUUUGUGUGAAUGGCCCACAAAGUUACUUGGGGGGACACAGCCUUUCCAUGGGGUUUUGGUCCCCCCACUGCUGUCUAGGGAGCCUGAGAGGCCCUCUCUGCUGACAUCAGACCCUUGAGUUAGCAAAGCCCCGCUCCACUGAGUUCUGUGCCUCACCACUUUACCCUUUAUGGAAAAGCGCUGCUGGAACAUGGCAGAGCCAAAGUCCUGGGUGCUCCCAGUUGUCCCUUCCUCCAGUCCCAUUGUCCAGGUCCCUCACACACUUGCCCUUCAGUGAGCCCUGGUGGACACCAUGCCGUAGACCACUGAGGGCAAGGGGAGGGCAAGAGGGGCGCUUGCAGUGCUCUGCCUCAGCGCUGCCUGCCACCUCCAAGGACGUAGAGUGCUUACCACCAGGUUUGCAGGCUUCGGUUUGGUUCCUUAAAGAAGUAGCAGGGCUGGAUGUGCAGGGGCAUGCCGACAUCCCAGCACUGUGGAGGCUGGAGCAGGAGGGUCAGAAGUUAGAGCUCGGCAGGGCAGCUUAGUAAGACAUCUCAAGUAAUAUAAAAUAGGCCAGGUUCAGUGUGAUAGCUGAGUGCGAAGGCCUUAAGUUCUGUCCCCAAGACCAUAAAAUAAAUCUCUAGUUUCUUUUACCAUGAUGAAAGAAUAACUCCUUCCAUUAAAAAUUUGCAGUUGUAACAGUACUCAGCCAUAUCUGAGAACUAAUGCCAGAUCCAUCUGUCCUUGAAGGGAAAGUGGCCACUGUAUGUAAUUCACAUGGUCGGGUGAUGGAGGGCCUCGCUGUCACCUCAACUAUGUUUAGCCUGGCCGUUUGCUAAAUCAGAACUCUUGCUGGCUUCUUAGGUGAUAGACUUGAAAGCUCUGAUGUGAUGUAAGACUCAGGACAGCUCGAGGGCUGGGUCUGUGUGUUGGGGGAUAGUGAGCAGGUGAUGGGAUCAGCCUUGGCCAUUUUUGCCAGAUCCACACCCAGAGAGAGAAAUCUGGUGUGUGUGGUAUGAGGGAAUGAACCCGGAGCCCUUGGGCUGAGUUACCUGCCCCAGCACCACCGGCCCUUUUGAGACAGGGUCUGGGGCUGGGCUCAGAUUUCUGAGUGAGUGGGAUCACGCGGUAAACUACCACACCCAGUGCAUAAACGACUCAAAGGCCUUUGAGUGUCAGACUCUCUUAACAAAACUGGUUGUCCCCAAUGGAUGGCCUGUGAGGUAAACCUUAAGACUGUACUAUGGGACUUAAAACUAUGGAGCAGGGUUUGGAAGAAAAGAGUACCAAACUUAGCUGUCAGUUAUACCCACAAAACAAAGUCUCAGGGCCCCAUGCAGGUCUCAUCAGCUUUUUCUACCGUCCAGCAGAGCACGCACAGAAGCCAAGCAAGUCCUCCAGGCUGUUGGACAAAUAAAGGCCUACUUUAAAAACACAAAAGAUGACCUUGGCGGGGCUGGGGAUUUAACUCAGCGGCAUAAGCGCCUGCCUUGCAAGCAGGCAGCCAUUAGUUCGAUCCCCUAUAAAAAGGAAAAAAAAGACCAAAAAAAGAGAUGGCCUUGGCGAGGCUGUGGACCAGCCCCCUAAGAGCUGUUUUCCUCAGUUCCUGCUCUGGAGCUCGCCUAGUGGUUCCCGCCCCACGACACUGCAGUGGCCUUGGUGUGACCCUCAGAUGUGCCUUCCCGCCCCAGUUCAGUGUUCUCUUAAACUACUCAAGCCAAACGCCUAAAGAGAAAAAUUCUGGUAAUAGCUUAAAAUUCUACCUUUUAAAAACGUUUCGAGUUCAGUGCCCAUGUAAGUUACUACAGUCUCAGGAACUAGUCCCUUUAACCAAAAUAUCUCUGAAAAUUUACGCUUCAUCAGUGGGAUCCAGUUUUCCCACACAUCUGUGUUCAUAGAACGCUACGGGCAAAGUGGGGGAUGCAGGGCUGACCCUCCAACUGCGCCCCGACUCGCAGGGGAGCCAGCGCGGCUGAAGCAGGGGCUCACCGACCCCUUGCCCGUUCUGCCCAGGCGUAAGCGUGGUGACGUCACUUGCGGCCCACGCGGCUGGAGGUGUGGCGGAAGCUCACAUGCCGUGUGAACAUCCUGUGAGGCCCAUAAGGCCUCAUAAACCAUACCCUCACCGUCUUUAGCGGGGGGCCUUGGCUUAGCGCUGGCCCAGCUGUCACCAAGUGCCAACCGCUGGCGCAGACAUGGGACUCCUCUCCCAGCCCAGCACGUGCUGGCCGCUUGGGGCCUCAACACGGGACCCCAGUUUAGCCGCUCCGAGCUGGGAAACCCGUUUCUCCCCAGCAGCAGCCUCAUUGUCCCUGGUCGUUGUCGGGGAGACGAGAGGCCGAGUGUCCCGCAUGCGCCUUGUGUGGCACACUAACUGAUUCCGUCCUGUGUGUGUGAGUGUCGUGAAGGAGCUUCCCCAGGCCCUGUUUGGACUGUAAAAGCCAUAAUUUCUUCAUGCCUCGCUCCAAACUCACCAGUUGUCACUCAACACGCUUCACCAUGCCAGGCACCUAAUUACAAGUGGCCUCGAGACUCUGCUUGUUCAGACCAGGGGCAAAGAGUUUUUAUCCCAGAAGGCCUUUGAUGACCUAGCUGCUUUGCUAGAAAGGCUUCUCAGGGCAGGUUGUCGUAGUACCGGGAAAGGGUCAGCCCUUCGGUGCUCUGAGGAGCAGAAGCUCAUGCCGGGGCAGCACAGGCUGCUCCGGAGCCCGCGCUGGGCCACGUUAGGAACGUUAGGAACAGCGUCCCCGCCUGUCUCCACCGCCCCUGGAGAGAAGCCGCAGGUCCCACUCACAGUGGGUCACUUCCCUUGGAAGAUGCUUUGUCCUGAUCAUGAGCUGUUAGGUUUUGUUUCCAGAUUGAAAAAUCCUUCUGGUUUUCCCUGCAUGAGGCCACAUGAUGGUGCCCCGCGUUUACGCAGUUCAUACAAGGGAAAGAACCCGCAUCUGCCGCGCCUCCCGCAGUCUCUAGUAGACUGACGGUACUUAACGCGUUAUUUUGUAGGAUCUCAGACUUUGUAAAUAAAUGCCAUUAUUUUUAUAUGGAAAUUUUAUAGAAGAGCUAUUUCUGUAUACUUUAUUAUUCCUGGGUUUCCUGCAGUUGCUUCCAGUGGGGAAGGACGAAUGCUUGGCGGCUUCCGUGAGGGUGGUUCAGGGACGCUGUGGUGGCGGUGACAGGUGGGAGGUGGGGGCGCUGUGUCCAUCUCAGCCGCUCAGGCUGGGCCUAGGACGCAGUAGUUAAGCUCUGAGUGACGUUUUUGUCAGUUCAAAGGUGACUAUUUUUGUCCAUCCUAUAGGAAAACAUCGGAAAUGAGUAUAAUUUGUACUUGAGAAAAAAAUGUAUUAGACUGUUUUAUGAUUUGAAUGAAAUGUAUUAUAGAAAAAAUAAAUAACUUAAAAUAA